ACGGUUUAUCUGAUUCAUUAAUUUUUUUUACAUAAAUUAUUUGUUUGAUGGUAAUAAUAAAAGUUGUUUCCGCGGCGAUUGGUUUACGGAUUUCUUUCCGUUGCCUUUCCUAAAUUCUUCUCAAUGAAGAAGGUGAUCCAGGUCGGCGUCGCCGGCAUCGUCAUCGUUGCCCUCAACUUCUUUGUCUUCCGAUCUAUCUCCGACGUCCCGCGAAUGUUCCUCCUCGUCGGCGGCGGAGGCCCUGGUCUUCUGCAUUGGGUCCACAAUUGGGUCUACUUGCAUUCCCUCCACAUCUUUCUCUGCAUCGUCUGGCUUCUCCUCUGUUGCCUCGCCUCGUUCACCCCUUCCCGAUCUGCCUUCCCGUUGUCUUCCUCCGCUGAUUCCCCGCUGCCUUUUCCCGUUAAUUCCGCCUCCACCGAGCCGCUGCUUUUCCCCGUUGGUUCCGCCUCUACCGAGCAGCUGCCUUUACCCGUUAGUUCCGCCUCCACCGAACCGCUGCUUUCCCUCGUUCAUUCCGCCUCCACCAAGCAGCUGCCUUUUCCGGUUAAUUCCUCCUCCACCGAGCCGCUGCCUUCCCCCGUUCGUUCCGCCUGCACCAAGCCGCUGACGUUUCCCGUUAAUUCUGCCUCCACCGAGCCGCUGCCUUUUCCCGUAAAUUCUGCCUCCACCGAGCCGCUGCCUUCACCUGAAACGCUGCGUUCGCCCGAGCUGCUGUCUUCCCCCGCUGACUCCGCCUCCACCAAGUUGCUGCCUGGCCCCGCUGACUCCGCCUCCACCAAGCUGCUGCCUUCCCCCGCUGACUCCGCCUCCACCGAGUCGCAGCCUUCAUUCGAGCCGAUGCCUUCCCCUGCUGAUUCCGCCUCCACCAAACCGCUGCCUCCCUCAGCUGAUUCCACCAGCGCCGGCCGUGCUCUCUCUCUCGUCCUCUCCGCUGUGUGCAGCGCCCCCAUCGUCUGCCGCAAAUACAACCUCGUACGCUCUCUUGCCGAUCAGAUCCUCAACAGAAACCUCGGCAGUGGCGUGGAAGAGCUCCUGGAGCUCAACCGCGCAGCUCUAGCCGUCGCUUUCGCGAGGACGAUUGCCCUCCUCGAGGUCGCCAUCGAGACGGAGGUGUGUCUGGCAUCGGGGCUUUGGCCGAGUUGGGCCGUGCAGGCGACAGAUGAGCAGCGCGGCGGCCCGGCAGAGAAACUUGCGGCGGAGACGAUGUGGCUUGGGCAAAAGAUGGCGGAGAGCAGGGCCGCCUCGAAAGCGGUGACGAUGUGGGGGUCGAUGGUAAGGCUCCCGGUGCUCGCAAUCUCCGUCAAGCCGUCUCUUCGAAACUUAAUCGUUCGUGUUGGCGAAUUUAUGAUCACGCUUAUCCACUCGGACGAAUUGGAGGGAAACUCAACAAGCUCCCGACUAGCAAUGCUCAAGGCAUGGCUGCCAUUACUUUGCCAACUUGGGAAGGAGCCAGAUACGGUCAGAAUAUUGCAGACAAUGAUUGAGAAAUUUCCUCACGAGGAGCAAGACGAUAUACUAUCUUUAGCAAUGCUCAAGGCAUGGCUGCCAUUACUUUGCAAACUUGGAAAGAAAGCAGAUGCUGUCAGAUUAUUGGAGAGAAUGAUCAAGAAGUUUACUCAUGAAGGGCAAGGGGAUAUUCUAUCUCUCUGGCUUCGUCACUACACCAGUUGUUCUGAUUUCAAUUGCCUUAACCUUGAAAAUUCCUACAUGCGAUGGUACUCUGAAUCUGAAAAGCUCAAUCUGAAAUGAUAAUUCUGUCUUGUUUCAAUAAAUUAGUGCAUUCACUAUCUAUG